GAUUUCGCUGCUCAUUCAGAAUCACUCGACUCUGGACUGAUCUUCUCCCGAACUGCAGGGCGACAACAGAUCGUAGAAUAACAUGGUGCGACAAAGGGAUAAAAAUGUAGUUGAUAAUCAAACUGUCAAUCAGAUUCAGAAAUCUCAACCAAGGCCCACUGGCGUCUAUGACCUUUGGUGCAGCUUGCUUCACAAAGUUCCGAGGGUCAGCUUGCUUGACCUUCCGAGGCGCAGUCUCCGUUCGAGUAUUCCUUGGACUCCUAAAGCCUCCGAUGUAGUCUUUGGAGUACCCGCUACUUCAAGCGACCCAGUACAGAAUGCACGGUGCAAACGCCAAUCGUCCUCUGAGCCCGAACCAGCAAAGAAAAGAGCUAAACCUGCACGAGCCGAGAACCUCGUCGAAGGAGUCCGCAAGCAUGAGCGGUUUUGGCUAGCAGACGGAAAUGCUAUCAUUGAACUUGACGGCAUACAAUUCAGGGUGCAUCAAUCAUGGCUCGCCCAGCAUUCAAAACGCAUUGCAAGCCAUUUCCGCGACAAAGGAGAAAGUGGCGACAAAUUUGAACAAAUUACACUCAAUCCUCGCGGCAACCUCAAAGCAAUAGAUUUCGAGACGCUGCUGUUGUUUUAUGACAACCCGGGGGAUUAUCGCCAUGCUAUCGAGCCUCGCACCCUAAUGUCCCUAAUUCGCGCAGCGACAAGCCUUUGUUUUGACUCUGACCGUACAUGGCUCGUGAAGGAGUUGGAAGCACUUUGGCCCUCUAGCCUGGAAGAGCUGACCGCGAACCCAGAGCCAUACCUCGAUGCUCUGGAGGUAGCUGUCCUCGCACGAACGUGCAACAUUGAUGGGUUGUUGAAGCCUGCAUUUUACAAUAUGGCAAGGAUGCCUGGGUUCGGUCUUAACAAGCUUAAGGAAUCAGAGCAAAUCGACCGUGCGGAUAUGUUGCGCCUUAUACGGAUAAAAGAGUAUUUGAGUGACAUGUGGAUACAGGCAGCUGCGCACGAGGAUCCUGCCUUCGUUUGCCGAAACCUCCGCGAUGCGCCAUCAAGUGAUAGUGCGACUCCUUCUAAACAAGCUGACGAGAAGCCUGCACAUGGCUUUAUCACCUCUGCUAGUGCGGCUAGCACGUGCCUUUCGGUCACUGCAAGACGCGAAGCGUGGGCUCGAUUGGUAUAUGACUCAGGCAUUUUCACUCGAUAUCGCUAUGAUCCACUACGUGGACUAGCAGCGUUGAUAGACAUCGAGUGGACGAAUGAUUGGUGCAAAGAUUGUCAGGAGAAACGGAAGGCGGAUUGGCAUACAAUGCAGAGGAGCAUCUGGGAGAAGGUUGGCGAGUAUUUGAGGGAAGAUUGACAGGUGGAUAUUGCAUUUUGCUCAGAUAAGUAUUCCCGCCGUUAUGUAUCGCUCGAGUUGUGCUAGAAUUGGCUGAUGCUACACCGGAACCAUCAGAAUCGAAAGGGGUUUUAGACGAGUGUUCAAGGCGAACUAGAUUCGGUAAUUAUGUAAAGUUCCAGGACUAUUUGUUGUACACUCUCCACUGUCGUUCAUUUAGCCUUUUGUCCCCGCCAUUUCAAACUUCUUGGUACCCUGCUGUCGACGUCAUUCACGCUUUGAAAAUUUACUUCACUUGUGCUCUUUCAGCACCUUGUCCAUCUGCCCUCUGACGAGUCCAGGUUUCUUGUUCCCCAAUUAUUCAAUAAUCCAUUCAGCAUUUCCCAUCC